ACCAAAAUAAAUAAUUAAAGUGACAUCAGUCUAGUUUUGAAGGGUCUUUAGUGUAAUUUCUAAUUCUAUAAAUUCCUAUGUAUCUCUUCAGUUUCUGUGUGACAUAAUAAUCAAAACCUUUGAGUUGUUUUGGUAUCCAGAGCCUUCUUUUUUUACUCAGAAUUUCAAGAGUCCCACCACCAGCCUCCCUGCCGACGUCAAUUUCCGGCAAACCUAUCCCCAGCCGACGAUAACUUCCGGCUCCAAUCUAAAAUCUUCUGAUGGCUGCUAUCAUUCCUUUCACCACCCAAGAAAAAACGGCUCACAACUCUCACAAAUUUGCUUUCACUUUGAACCCUAAAAAUUAUGGUUAUUGGAAAGCUAUGAUCGAACCUUUCCUCAUCGCCAACAAUUUGUUCGGCUAUAUUGAUGGUACAAUUCCGUGUCCACAAGAAAAAGUUACGACUGAAAAUCCCCACCACUGAUAAUCCUAGUUAUCGAGGGUGGAUUGCUAAUGAUGCUCAUGUUCGAAUGAUCCUUGUCUCUACUGUUUCUGAAGCCUCCUUCCAACAUGUUCAAGGUACAACCUCCCGUGACAUUUGGCUCGCCUUAGAGCGUGCUUAUGCUCCUUCAACAUCUUCUCAUGAAUUUACUUUAAAAACCCAACUCCUUAAAAUCGCCAUGAAAGGCGAUGAAAAACCAAUUGAUUACUUAAGUCGUGCUCAGGAAUACGCAACUGCUCUCGCCAAUAUUGGCGAACCCAUGAAGGAUAAAGAUCUGGUAAUGCUCACCAUAGCUGGUCUACGUGAAGAGUAUAACGGUCUCAAGAGUAACCUCCUUGCUCGCUCCCCUCCGGUUGCUUUCAAUGAGUUACAUGGCCUUCUUAGUGACCACGAUUAUAUGUUGAAUAGACUCAAUACCGUCUCGGUUACAGCCAACCUCUCAUCACAGCUCCUUGCUGCGGCUGCCACCGCACCUGUCACCCCUCCCGCUGGUCUUGAAUCCAUUCAGCAACAACUUAAAACCCUUCAACUCAUGGCUGCCCAGAUUGGUUAUCAGCUUCAUCCUGCAGCCCCGACUCAACAGGCUGCCACUGCUUCUGUUUCACAACCGCAAGCAUACCUUUCUCCUCGUUCCAACAAUAACAACCGCAAUAAUCGAGGAAACCGUGGCAACUAUCGCGGCAACACCCGCUCCAACCGUGGCCGAGAACAACAAGGAACAAGACAAUUUUCUUGGGCUUCCACCCAGAACAUGGUUUAUGGUCACUGCAAUCGGUGUGGAAUCGGACACAUUCCGUCUCAAUGUCCAAAUCAGUCCUCUAAUGGUCGUGCACAAGCCAACUACGCUGCUUCUGAUGUUGGCUCAUACUCCACUUGGAAUCCUGACACAGGCGCUAAUCAUCAUGGCACUCCAGACUUGUCCAGCCUUGACAAUUCCGAGGCUUACUAUGGUACUGACUCUCUCCAUGUUGGUGACGGUAACCCACUUCCUAUUCUUCAUAUUGGCUCUAAACAAUUUUCUUCCACAAAUAAAACUUUUAACCUUUCAGACAUUCUUCAUGUACCCCAACUUAAAAAGAACCUACUUUCUGUACAAAAAUUUUGUUGUGACAAUAAUGUCUUCUUUGAAUUUCACUCUUCCUUUUUUGUUGUGAAGGACGAGUUUACACAAGCUACCCUCCUCAGGGGUCCAAGUGAACAGGGUCUCUAUUCCAUCCGUCUUCCUCGGCUUCAGUUGCUUCCAAAAGUUGCUUUCACGACCACCAAAGCUUCCUCCACAAUAUGGCAUCAACGAUUAGAUCAUCCUCACAGUCGAGUCUUUAAUUCUGUUAUUUCUUCGUGUUCUUUACCUGUUUCAAAUAAAUUGUCAUCAUCGUUGUGUACUUCUUGUCAAAUGGGCAAGUCAUCUAAACUUCAUUUGCAAGAAUCAACCUUUCGUAGUAAUAAAGUUUUGGAUUUAGUUUAUUGUGAUGUUUGGGGACCUUCUCCCUCAUUGUCUAUUGAUGGUUAUCGUUAUUACUUGUUGUGUGUUGAUCACUAUUCUCGUUAUAUGUGGUUUUUUCCACUGUCUCAAAAAUCAGAUGUUUAUACUCAAUUUACCAACUUUGUGCGUAUGGUGGAACGCCAAUUCAACACCAAGCUCAAAAACGUCCAAUCUGAUUGGGGGGGCGAGUUUCGCAACUUGACUUCGUUUUUUACAUCUCUUGGUAUUAUUCAUCGUAGGUCGUGUCCUCACACGAGUGAACAAAACGGGACUGUUGAACGACGUCACCGCCAUGUUGUGGAAACUGGGCUUGCUUUUCUUGCUCAAGCUCAUUUACCUCAACGCUUUUGGUUUUUUGCCUUUGAAACAGCGGUCUACCUCAUAAACCGUCUUCCUUCUCGAGUCACUCAUGAAAAAUCUCCUUUUCAAAUUCUUUUCAACCGUAAACCAGAUUACACAUUCCUUCGUGUCUUUGGCUGUCAAUGUUUUCCUUAUCUUCGUCCCUACAACCGUCAUAAAGUUGAUUUUCGGUCUGUCCCGUGUGUCUUUCUUGGAUAUAGUCCUGUUCACCAUGGAUAUCGCUGUUUUGACCCUCAAACCGAACGUGUGUACAUUGUUCGACACGUUCGCUUUAAUGAACAUAUUUUUCCCUACAAUCAACCCUUACCUACUCAACCUACUUCCCCACCCUCAUCUCCUUACACUUCUAUAUUCCCUGACCCAAUACCUGACUUCUCUACACCAUCUGAAACACCACACCCACCAAGCCCACCACCCACUCAGCCACCUGCCAACACUCAACACCAACCUGAGACUGUUCCUCAACCUCCACCACCUCCGCCACCUAGAACUCGUCCUUCUCACCUGCGACAAAACCCAAAACAAACUAAACGUUUUGAUCCUUCGGCCUAUACUGCUUCCACUAACUCUAUCCCAACUGAACCCACAUCCUUUACCGUCGACAACAAUUUCCUGGAGUGGCGUCGUGCCAUGGCCGAAGAAUUAGAGGCCUUAGACAAGAAUGGAACCUGGUCCUUAGUUCCUCGUGUUCCUAAUACUAAUGUUGUUGAUUGCAAAUGGGUGUACAGGUUAAAAACUGACCAGAAUGGCAACAUCAGUCGUUAUAAGGCAAGACUUGUUGCAAAAGGUUUUCGGCAGCAGUCCGGGGUGGAUUAUCAUGAGACUUUUAGCCCUGUUGUUAAACCGGCCACUAUUCGUACGGUGCUUUCUCUUGCAGUUUCUAAUUCUUGGCCGUUAAAACAGUUGGAUGCUCAAAAUGCCUUUCUUCACGGGGAUCUUGAAGAAACCGUUUACAUGACUCAGCCGCCUGGUUUUGUUGAUCCCGCUAAACCUCAUCAUGUGUGUUGCUUGCACAAGUCCUUGUACGGUUUGAAACAGGCCCCACGGGCCUGGUUCAACAAGCUUUCCACAGCCUUGCAACAACUUGGUUUCUUUGGCUCCAAAACGGAUCCGUCCCUUUUCAUCUAUAAUCACAAGGGUAGCAUGGUUUAUAUCUUGGUGUAUGUUGAUGAUAUUAUUAUCACCGGUAAUAAUUCUCCGUUGGUCAAUUCCGUAAUAGCGAAGCUAAGCUCCAUGUUGGAGGUUAAAGACCUUGGUCCUUUACAUUACUUCUUGGGCAUCGAAUUUCUCCACCAGAACUCUGGUCUAAUUCUUUCUCAAAGGAAGUACCUUCUCGAUGUUAUUAAUAGGGCUGGUCUCUUUGAAUGCAAACCUGUUGCCUCUCCAAUGGACACGAAGUCAGUUCUCUUACCGAAUGAUAGCCCACUUUUUGCUGACCCUACACGGUAUCGUCAAAUAGUUGGUGCCCUUCAGUAUGCUACCCUUUCACGCCCAGACAUUGCCUUCUCAGUCAACAAGGUUUGUCAAUUUAUGCAUGCACCAACUGAAGCUCAUUGGUCUGCUGUGAAACGUAUUUUACGGUACUUAAAAGGAACUCUGCACCUCGGUCUUCUUUUUCGACAUUCAUCUGCUUCGCAUCUUCAUGCCUUUUCUGACUCUUUUUGGGAUGAUGGUUCUAGUUCCCUUGUUCAAGCUUACUCUGAUUCUGAUUGGGCUGGUUGCCCGGUGGACCGCCGAUCCACGGGGGGAUAUGCAAUAUACUUGGGCUCUAAUCUAGUUUCGUGGUCUGCUCGCAAACAAAAGACCGUCUCUCGGUCCUCCACAGAAUCUGAAUAUAAAGCCAUUGCUGAUGUUGUUGCUGAAAUAAUCUGGCUUAAAUCUCUUCUUCAAGAACUGGGUGUUACAUCAACUAAACCGACACUAUGGUGUGAUAAUCUUGGUGCUACAUACCUCUCGGCUAACCCAGUCUUCCAUGCCCGUACAAAACAUGUUGAAGUAGAUUUUCAUUUUGUUCGAGAACAAGUUGCUAAAGGGAAGUUGUAUGUCAGGUUCAUUAAAACAGACGACCAGAUUGCUGAUGUGUUUACAAAACCGUUGUCUUCAUAGCGCUUCACGUUUCUUAGGUCCAAGUUGCAGGUCGUUCCCCGCCCUCAACUUGCGGGGGAAUAUCAGACCAAAAUAAAUAAUUAAAGUGACAUCAGUCUAGUUUUGAAGGGUCUUUAGUGUAAUUUCUAAUUCUAUAAAUUCCUAUGUAUCUCUUCAGUUUCUGUGUGAAAUAAUAAUCAAAACCUUUGAGU